AUGGAGGAUGUCACCGUGGACACUGGAAGGCCUCUGAACGCUCACAAUCUGAAGAGCAUGGGGGUGAUUGAGCAAAUUAGGGUGAAACCCUCGUUGGACACCUCCUGGGAAGCCCUCAAAGAUCAGAGGAAGAUUCCAAAUGGCCUCUACCUCUUCUCUAAAAUCGAUCCUCCAGAGGUUGCUACACACUAUCUGCAGGAUCUCGCAAGACAAGGAGUUGACAUCUCAGAGUUCUCUGUGGAUUGGCUGCCUGAGCAUCCACCCAACUUCAUGAAGAGACAACGAGAACCUUCUGGGAAUUUAAAGAAAGCCAAGAAAGCAAAGCUGGGGGAAACUUCUAUAUCAAGACCUCUGGUCCCUCUGAUCGAAUCUCCCAGUAAGUCUCCGCCUCCUCCUUCUCGCCCUGCUCAUACUCUUGCCUCACAACAACAACCUGAACCAGAAGCCAACACUCAUACACCACCUGAACAACCAAUUCCACCACCAUCCAAACAACCACAAAUACCAACACCUGAACAACCCACAACAACACCAUCUGAACAACCACCAACUCCACCACUUGAACAACAAACAACACCACCAUCUGAAACUCCCAUCGUACCACCCUUUAAACACAUUACUAUCCCUACCUCUCAACCUCCCGCUGACACUACCCAAACACCACCAGAAUCUCCAUCCCCCAACUCUAAACCAGAACCUAUCUUCCCCACCCUGGAAGAAGCAAUCUCUUUAUUUGUUGAGUCUUCAGUGGAGAAGAUCAAACCUCUAUCUGAGAACUCUGGUAUCAGUGGCGAUCCCUCUGCAGUGAGGAUUCACUGGAACAAAGUGAUCAGAUGCAUGACCUCUGAGGCCUUCAAACUGAAAAGCCUCUCUGAACAAGUCCGCAAUGACUUUAUCAGAGAAGCUGGAGAAAGGCUGCAGGCACGACUGUUCAGAGAGGCAGAGGAAAAGGCCAGAAGAGAAGGAGAAGAGAAGGCUCGUGUGGAAGAAGAGCAAAUGGUUAGAGAAGCUACAAAGAAGGUUGCUGCUAAAGCUGCUGCUGCUGAAGCUGAGGCAAAAGUAAAAGCUGACGCUGAAGAGGCAGCACACAUAGCUGUAGAAGAAGCUGCAAAGGCAAGCAAUGAUGCUCUGGCUCAGGGGGAGCAAUCAAACUCUGAUUUUCCUCCUCUAGUACUGAAGACUCUGGAAGAGCUGCAGAAGGAACAACAAAUUGAUAACAACUAA